GAUCACCAUCACCGAAAGGAGUAUAUUGGAAGAGUGCAGGAUUCUAGCGUCGGAUCAAUGUUUACGAUGCACUCGUGUCACACAAAUACACAAUACAUAAUAAAAUUACACAUAUGUCAAUAUUUUAAUGAUAAUUAUUAUGUAAAUUUUAUUUUUAUUAUUUUAGCAGCUUAUAAAUGUUGGUUAAGAUGUAAUUAUUGGAAUACCUAUUCUAGGGGGGGGGGAUUUGAACUUUUAACCCCUCUCCACAUAUUCUAUUAUUCUAUUGUAUUUAUGUUAUUGUGAAUAUUGUUUAUUACAUAUAUGUUAUAACCUAUGUACUGUACUAUUUGCACUUAUAAUAUAACUUACUAUUUUAAUUAAUAAAUAUAGACAUAUUUAUAUUCGGCGAUAUGCCUGUAUGCAGGGCUGCAUGAACAAUCACUAAACAUUUAAUGAAUCAAUGGUGCAAGCUACAAUAUGAUCCUUUAAACAAGAUUUAGGGGCCCAUGAUUGGUCCAUUAUAUUUUAGUGAACCAUUAACUUAAUACAUUUUUUAUGCGACCCGCGGUACUACUAUACUAUUAUACGGCGUUUAAUGUGACGGUUUUUUUUUGUGUCUUAUGAUAUGCGCACGCGCAUUCUGACCACACACACACACAACAUAUGCCGUACGCUUGGACGCGCGCGCAAUUGACUCGACACACUUAAUGAUAUUCACCAACUCGCGACGGCCGGACGACGUGAGUGUGCACCAUGAAACUCCACCGGCCGCUGCACGUCUGCGCGUACCUGUUCGGCGUGUUUCCGGCGGCGCGGACUCCGGGCCCGCCACCCCGACGUUUCCGGGUCCACUGGCCAGGCGUGGCGCUCAAAGCAUUCCACACGGCGCUCUACUGGCUGGUGUCGCUGAUCGUCAGCGUCGUGACCAUCCGGAACUUGAAGAACUACCAGAAGAUGGCCAAGAAGCUGCUGGCCACCCGGGUGCUGGACAUCGACGAGCUGUUCGUGUACAUGAUGUUCGCCGGAAUCGCGGCCACCACCGCGUGCCAGGCCCACAUGGCGUGGCCGUCCGUCGUCCGUGCCACCAACGAGUGCUUCUUCGACCUCUGUCAGCUGGACCACGUCACCGGUGUCUGGCAGCACUUAUCUGCAUACGCCGUCGUGCUGUUCGUCGCCUACGAGUUCGCCAUGUACUUCGUCUUAAUCACGUACAAGUUCCCGUUCCCUUUGGCCAAAUUGAUUUGCUUGUUCCCGCCGCUGUCCAACAUCACGUGCGUCGUCGUCGAGCAGUUCUUUUACCUGAUGUGUGUGUCGCUGUAUCUUCGGCUACGGGCACUGCAUGAUGAUAUCGAGACGCUAGUGCACAAGGCCGAGCACCCGCGGUGGAGAUGCUGGGCGUCUGUGGCCACGGGCGGUGGCGGUGGUAGACCCGUGGCCGGCCGGAUGGGGAUACCCGCGUUCAGCGCGUCCGAUAUACGCGACCUGCGGGCCGUGCACCGCGCGUGCAUGGAACUGUUCGCUCGCAUUAACCGUCUGUUCCAGUUGCCGCUGUCACUAUGCAUGUUCGACUGUGUGUUCCGCAUCAUCGUCUAUAUGUACGGCAUCGCGUUCGACGUGACCAUCGUCAUAUGGGAGAAGAAGAAGCACGUAAACUACGCGAACACCGCCAUGUGGUCGGGUUACUGCGUCAUUCGGAUCAUCCGGCUAUGGUACCUGUACCUGUGCGAACAUUAUGUGACCAAAAAGAUUUUACCAAUUCGUUUGUCACUUAGCUGGCUUUCGUUGGUUUUAAAUCCCGUUACAAGCCGGAGACUGAUGCCCGAGAUAAUUCUAUUUCAACAUCAACUUGAUACCAUCAAGUCCAAGUUUGAAUUAUUUGGCAUUUUAAACAUCAAUAUGACGUUGUUUUAUGCUGGAUUUGGCACUACAUUGGCGUAUUUAGCGCUUUUAUUACAGUUUUUUGCAUUUAAUCAGAUUUCAAUGGCAUCCAUUUCCACAAGCAAUGCAACAAACGCUGACAAAUAAUUUAUAAUUAUUGAUUUGUGGUAACUAUACGUUAUAUAAAUUUACGUAGGUAACUACGUAAAUAUUUACAUUCAGAUUAAGUCUAAUUUAAUCAUGCUUUACAUACAGCACACAUAUUUUAAACGAAACAUGUGCAUAAUAAUAAUAUAUUAUUAUUUAUCAAACUGUACUUACGAAGAAUGUACAAAUAUAUUUUAAUAGAUUCACGACAAAAAGAGAAAAUAAUGGAUAAUAAUUAUAAUAUAGCAUAUGAUGUAUAAAUAGAGGAGCACAAUUAUUUAUUAAGCUACUUACUGAAUAAUACUAAAUUGAUUGAUAAUAAUAUUAAAUUUAAA